ACUAGACCGAACGAGCGAGAGGAAAAGACAGAAACGCCCCAACGGUCGUCUCCCCCACGCUCCCCGUCCUUUCUUGACUCCAUGGCCGGCGGCGGCGGCUCGCCGGCGCGGGAGGGCGUAGGCGGCCGGGCGGAGUGGCUGCGAAUCUACGACCGGAUGGUGGCCAUCCUCCGCAAGAACCACCGGCACGUGGAGGCGCUGCUCGCCGACCGCGCGCGCCUGGAGGCGCUCGUCAAGGUCCAGCACGAGUUCUGGGUCGCCCGCGACGGCCUCCUCCGGGCCCGCCUCAGCGAGACGCGGAGGGCGGAGGCGUGCGUGCGGAAGGGCCACGAGGCCAGGCUGGAGCUGCUCCUCGGGGACAAGGAGCGGGCCGUCCGGCGCUACCAGAUCUACGCCAAACAUCAAGAUGACGACCUGGAAGAUUUCAAGACUUGUGCAGUAGCUUUGGCUGAAGAAAACACUAAACUGAAGUUGAAACUGGAGGAAGCUGAAAAUUCUGGCGAGCUUAGCGAGAAAACUACGGAACAUGAGCACAGUGUAAGAAAUUGGAGAUCUGAGAUUAGGGAGUUCAAGAAAGCCUAUAAGAACCUGAGCUCAGAGAAGGAUAAGGAAGUUUCUGCAUUACUCGCAGAAAAGGAUUUUGUGUGGAACCAGUACAAGACAAUGGAAAAAGACUACGAUUCGCUCCUUAAGAAGAAGAAAAUAGAGGCAGCACAGGCUACUGAAGCAGCACAAAUGCUGCAGCGGAAGGUGGAGGAGCUGCAAGUGGCGGCCCAAAAGAAGGAUGAUGACAUUAGCAGAUUACAAGCAGAGGCUAAUGGUGCCAACAAGAUGAUACUACUUCUUGAGAAUAAGCUACAAAAACUGCACUCCCUGCAUAGUCAGGAAGACGACGAAACCCCAAAAGUCAAGGGUGGGCACCUGCAGGCUAGUCAAAAGCGAAAGCAGGAUAUCAGUGGGACACGUAGAAAAUCUAGGUCUGAAGUUGUGUCUCUACGUGGGAAAUCCAAAAAUAAUCCUCAGAGGCAAAUGGUAGAAGAUCAACCUGAGACCAGUCAGAAGCGUCAGUGUGCCUCUUCCUUAUCAAAUGGUGUGGGUCUUCGACGUUGCUCCUCGAGGAUGCACCUGAAACCUGCGUCGUCACCUGCACCUCAGCAGGUACUCUUCCACUCCAGUUUCAAGGUUCCAAAGCUGAAGACCCCAGCUCCAGUUUCAAGGUUCCAAAGCUGAAGACCCCAGCUCCUCCCCCGCCCCUGUAGCCUGAUCUGACAGUACCCUGACUGACGUGUGUGCAGCUGCUGUUAGACACCCGCCGUGAUGACGGUGUAAUGUAGGUGAAGCUAACCUUAUCCUGUUCAGCGCGUCCCGCUCCCCAUUGGAAGCGGCGAUUGUGUUUGUAACUUAUCUGUGCCCUUAUUUUUUGGAUGUCUUUUGUAACAUAUGUCAUGGGCGCUGUGUAAUAUAUUGUGAUUAACCAUGUAAUGCCCUUGGGCCGGAAUCUGUGCUAGUGUCAGCUUGGUUUGAUUUGUGAAACAACUUUGGUCCCAUAGCUUGUAUAGGUAUAAGUUUUAUUUCAGCCCUGAAGAGUUGAGUCUCUUUUGGUUAAUUUGUUUUAUUUUUCUA